AUGGCCGCCUUGACCUUGGAGUCUGACCAAGACCUGGGCCAGCUGGGUUUGGACAGUGCCGAAGCUGCCCCUUCUACUCCCCCCCAGAAGGCUCCCAAGAAGAAGAGAGACAAAAGGUCUUCAAGCAAGAAGGACAAGGCGGACAAGGAGGGGCAAACGACAAAGAAGUGUGGGGGCUGCGGCAAAACCCUGCCUCUCGACGAGUUCAACACAGACCAGGCGAACUGCAGAGAGUGCUACAACGGCGACCGUUCCUUGCUGCGUGUGGCUAAAACGCAGCACUGCCGCGAGCAAGUCUUGGAACUCAGGAAGAAGGACCCCAAGGGCUACGACGCCUUGCGCAAGGCUUUCUUGAAAAGCCGUGCUGAGAGGAAGAAGAAGGGAUCGCGAGUUAAGUUUCAGAUCGCGACCUUCAUAUCCGAGCUGAAGCGCUCGGAUGGAUGUCGCAUGGGGGCCUACGGUGAGAUGAUGUGGGAAGGGGAGUACUACGAGUUUGCGAAGAGUGCCAAGGCCGGCUUCUUUUCCGAGGCGGAGAGGGAAGCCAAUUGGAAGAGCAUGCUCAUGGAGGCUUCCCGGGGCUUGCGGGCCACGGACGACAAAGGCCCGCGUGGCUACAAGAGGGUCUUUGUUCACACAAAGGAUCACGCGGAAAACUAUGCUGACAUGGCCAAGUCGCGGAUCCUUCAAGUUUCGGAGACUUCGAAGAAGCCUACAGAAGCUCACCUGACUGCUCGUCGGCAGCUUCUCUUCUCCGACUUCGACCUUGCAGGCGAGACCUCGACUGCUGAGUUUGAGCAGAUGAUGCAGACUGCGCAACAGGCGUGUGGAGAUCAUGAUGACAUGAAUGGCUUGGGCGGCCCUGACGUUGCAGCGCUGAUGUCAGACACAAAGGAACAGCUGGACCGCAAGAGCAAGCCCAAAUCCAAGGCCGCUUCGUCUUUUCAAAAGGCCCGGAGCUCUUCCAAGGUCCUGGCCUCCAGCUCGGGUUCGGAGGACGCCGACGGCUCUGGUUCAGACGACGGCAGCGUGAAGGAGGAGGUGAACUCGCAGUCCGAGGACGAGGGCAACCUCUCGGACCAGCAGGGCAAGAAGAAGGCGAAAAAGGGCAACAAAAGCAAGGACUCCAAAGACCGCAACAAGGACGGCAAGGAUGACAGCAGCAAAUGGUUCGAUGCGGAGACGCAGAACCUGAAGGCAGAAAAAAAAUUCGAACAAGCAAUCCAAGCCUUGAGAAGCACUAUGGAUGCGCAGCGCAGCACGAUGGGCUCGAUCAUCAAGGAAUUUCGCGCUAACUCCGACGCCAAGGCAAGGCCUACAGCCUAUGUGGAUGAGAUGGCAGUUGUGCUGCGGCGUCAGGAAUGGCUCUUCGCUGUGAAAGACAGCGAUGACAAAAAGCUUGAGGCUUUGCAGCAGGCAACCGCCAACCCUGGCAGUGGUGACGAUUCGGCCAGCAACGCCGGAUCCCGUGACGGCCUGGCCCAAGCCCGUGCCGGGCCCUGCGCAGGGUACAAGAACCUGAAAACGUUGAACGACUUCUGGGCAAAAGGCGUCAAGUUCCGUGCCUGCACAAGCAAGGAUCAGCUGAAGCAGGUGCAGGAAUCCAUGAAUCCAGCAAAGAAGUUGUACAACACCUUGUUGGCUUCGUGCAAGGCCGCGGUGAGCGAGCUUCGUGCUGCCAAGCAACGUGCAGCUGCCAAGCAGAACAAGCGAGGGAAGAGCAGGGCUGCCGGCGGCGUGAAUCCGGCCCAGGCGGCGACUGGCUUGUCUCACCAUGCCAUCUUCGAGCUGGAGUCAUCGGAUUUCGUGACGAUCCCGUCCGCGCCAGCCUGGCAAAGCGACUGGUUGCUUGACAAGGCCUUCGUGAUCUCCAAUAUCGGCCACAUGGUCGAUGAAGAGAGCACGAAGACGACGGUGAAGACGUUGCUGAGCGAGUUCGCGAAGGCUUUCAACGACAGCACCUUGAAGGUCACCGAUGGCCGUGCUUCUCAAAGCCUGGCGGCUGAUGUUGGGAAAGCAGUGCAGAUGAAGUUAGUGGCUCUGGUGAAGGGUUUGGCCUUGCAGGCUUUCGGGCAGGGAACCAGAGAAGUGGCAUUGAUUUCGUUUCAAAGCGUCGCCGCCUUCCUCGAGUCGGACAAGGGUGAGGGCUACCGUGCCCAGUUUCAGCAUGCUCUGACAUGGGCGGCUUCAGCAUCGUCUGCGGACCUGAAGAAGCUCCUUGCCUCCCAGCCGGGCAGCAUCAUGCGUGCGACGGUGGGACCGAGCAUGAAGGGCAACUCCGAGGCUGUGGAGGCGGCUUGCAAGUUCUUGCAGGAUGACCCGCUGAAGGUGGAGAUGAAGGCUUCUGGUGCCUUGCCCAUCGGCGGCUCUGGUCCUGGAGAUGUCCUUGCCAUCAACGAGGCUUUACAGGUUCUUGAUGGAGAUGCCGUGGCGACGAACGCCGCAGAUUCAGACAGAAAACGAGAAGGCGUCGCCGUGGAAGCCCAGAAGAUCGCAGACGAGAAGGCUGCUACCGAAGCCCAGAAGAUCGCAGACGAGAAGGAGAAGGCUGCCGCCGCCGUGGAAGCCCAGAAGAUCGCAGACGAGAAGGCUGCCGCCGCCAAGGAAGCCCAGAAGAUCGCAGACGAGAAGGCUGCUGCCGAAGCCCAGAAGAUCGCAGACGAGAAGGAGAAGGCUGCCGCCGUGGAAGCCCAAAGGAUCGCAGACGAGAAGGCUGCUGCCGAAGCCCAGAAGAUCGCAGACGAGAAGGAGAAGGUUGCCGCCGUGGAAGCCCAGAAGGUCGCAGACGAGAAGGCUGCUGCCGAAGCCGCCGUGGAAGCCCAAAGGAUCGCAGACGAGAAGGCCGCCGCUGAAGCCCAACGAGAAGCCCAGAAGAUCGCAGACGAGAAGGAGGAGGCUGCCGCGGAAGCCCAGAAGAUUGCAAACGAGAAGGCUGCCGCCGCCGUGGAAGCCCAGAAAAUCGAGAAGGCUGCGGGUCCUAGGUUAGUUACGCUUUUUGAUCCUCCUGGGUCCCUGUUUGCUUACGCUGCCCAGAAGAUCGCAGAUGAGAAGGCUGCCGUGGAAGCCCAGCAGGUCCCAGAUACCAAGAGCAAGGCCAAGGCAGACAACAAUGACUCCCCGAGCAAAAAAGUCCGUCUAGUUUGA